UGUUUGGAUUACUUUUUGGUGCGAUCUUUGGUGAGUUUAAGAGGAAAUAAAACGAGAUUCAGAUCGAGAUCACUCUCGCUUUUUCACUCUCCAUUCUCUCUCUCUCCUCUUCCUCUCUCUAGAUUAAACUUUCUUUCGAUACUCUCAAUGCCCUUGCCCCACGCAACCAUGGCCGCCACAUUCACCUACCCCGCCACGAUCCCAACCGCCACCGUCGCUGCCGCAAAUCGCUCGAAAUCCGCCGUCACUCUUACCCUUCCCAUUCACAUCCCCAAAUCAUUUCCGCUCAAAACCCUAAACCCUGUCAGAUUCGCCCUUACCACGAAACCCAAAUUCUCACUCAAAUCCUCAGCCGCCGCCUCCGAUCACUCCCUCACCGGCGAUGCCACCACCUCCGGCUUACCCUCCUGCGCCGCUUCUUUCCAGACCCUAAAAUCCCGCCUCCGCAGUGGCGAAACCCUCUACGGCAUCUUCCUCCUCAGCUUCUCCCCCACUCUCGCCGAGAUUGCGGGUCUCGCCGGCUACGACUUUGCCGUCGUCGACAUGGAGCACGGCCCCGGCGGGAUUUCCGACGCGCUCGACUGCCUCCGCGCCCUCGCGGCCACCAGAACUCCGGCGAUCCUCCGGUUACCGGAAAGCUCCCCAGCUUGGGCCAAGAAAGCCCUAGAUCUCGGCCCUCAGGGAAUCAUGUUCCCGACGAUCGAUUCCCCCAAGGAUGCCAAGAAAGCCGUCUCGUACUGCCGGUUCCCGCCGGCGGGAAUCCGCGGCACCGCCCACACUGUCGUCAGAGCAUCCGACUACGGCAUCGACGAAGGCUAUCUGAGCAACUACGAGGAAGGUCUGCUGAUAAUGUGUCAGGUCGAAUCCACGGAAGGGGCGAAGAAAGCGGAGGAGAUCGCGGCCGUGGACGGCGUCGAUUGCAUUCAAAUGGGACCGUUGGAUCUGAGCGCGAGCAUGGGGUACCUGUGGGACCCGGGGCACAAGAAGGUGAGGGAGACUCUGAGGGCGGCGGAGAGAGGCGUUCUUUCAACCACCGGUGGCGGCGGAGGCGCUUAUUUGGCCGGGUUUGCGAUGCCGCACGACCGGCCGGAGGACAUGAGGGCGCGUGGGUACCGCAUGGUGUCCGGCGCCGUCGACGUCGGGCUGUUCAGGAGCGCCGCCGUGGAGGACGUGAGGAGGUUCAAGAUCAGCUUGGUGGACGGUGAUGAUGAUGAUGAGAAGGAGCAGGAUAAGGAUGCUGAUGAGAAGUACUGGAGCGAAUGAAACGCCAAUUUCUUUUUGCAUUUCGAGUUUUUUAAAAUUUUCUUUUUUUUUUCUUUUUUGUUUUCGGGCUUUUUGUAAAUGUAGUGGGUGGGCUGGGCUAUUUUUGGGGUUUUAAUGUUGAGAAGAUGAUGAUCAUGAAUAAGAAAGGGAAAAAUUAAAGGUCAAUUUUCCGGCUCUAGUAGAAACAUAGGAGAGGGAAAAUGAUGGAAAUUUGCGGGUUUUUAUUAGUAAUGAUUUACUAGCCAACAUUUGCAUCCUAAUAUCCAAACACGC